AUGUUGUACUCGGACAGCCGCAUGACGUCGCUGACGCUAAAGAACGGAGAACUCGGCACAUCUCCCACGUCGUCGAUGCCGACUCCAACCAAAUCACGUGUGUUGUAUUGCCGGAAAUGUGAAGGACAUGGUGAAAAAGUGAUCCUGAAAAACCAUGCACCAAAUUGUCCAUAUAUACUCUGCACUUGCAGAUCGUGCGAAAAAUUGAACUACAAACGUCUGAAGUCAUUCAACAAACGUAACAAGGAGAAAUUGGAACUUGCCGCGGCGCUAAACGCUCAACGUCGUGCCGAAAGUGGAGAAUUGACUGAGGAAGAAUCGUUUGAGUAUUACGAACGUGUAACUGGCCUAUACCGUGACUUGCGAUGGCUAGCCAAUGUGUCAAGUCAUUGUUUUUCACCUCCCAGACAAGUCUUGGAGGACCAGUUUAUCGACCCCGCAGGGAUGAAGCGCUUGCUCAUAAAAUCAAUCCCGUUCUAUAAGCUGCUGCUCAAUCGUACGAUCCAUCCUCGCUUUCUUCCUCGGCACUCAUUCUCUUGCUGGGAUUUGGCUAAGAAUUCGCACGGCACCUACUUCCCUUCAGAAGGAUCUCGACGAUCCUCAUUCUCUUCCUGUGCAGAUUCUCCAGGCACCUCUACAGCUAGUAUGGACGGUGAACCAGCAAGAAAACAGAGUUCUUCAACACGUACUGGCCUCGAGGGACGUAGCAUGUCGCUAGGAGCAAUGACCGUAAUGUCGUACGAUAUUUGGAAAGCUAAAUGUGCGGCUGAAAAGAAACGACUUGAAGCGGAAGGGAAAAGCAGUGAGCUGAAAAUCGACGACGACCAGCCCAGUUCAUCGCCGCCAGCUCGUAAACGUGCCCAUACGUUUGUUGCUCGGGAUGAACCUAAAGAAAUUCCAAAAGUGUCACCUCCGAAUGCAAAGGAGAAGAAGGGGCGCUACAUACUUCUGCCCACUAUCCCGGCUGUGAAAGUUUUUGUUGGAGAGGAUGCUCCUGCCAUAGUGCCCACCGAACCUUCCAGUAUCCCACUUGAGACAUCCGUUUCAACCACGGCAGCUCCAACCACCGUCCCAGCACUUUCCGUGGCUCCAACUCUGCCUCUUCAAAACACUCUUCCGCGUCCGAGUCCAAUAGCUGUCACCGCUCCGAACUUCUUCAACCAUCUGUCGAAUGUGACGCCUGUGGCGCCAGUUGCUCCCACUUCAACCACUUCGGCUUUCGGUGCCGGUCUUACCGCCGACCAACUACUCGCAAGCCUUCUCCCAUCCAGUAUGCUACUUCAGAACGCUGGACUACUCCAGCAAAAUGCGCUGGCCGGUUUGCUGGGAUUAGCCGCCGCGCCAGCUCUUGCUCCACCGCCAACAUCCUGUGCCAGUGAUGUUUUAGCGUUGUUGCGAGCUCAACAAUCGGCACAAUUGGCAGCCGCGUUGGCUGCUCCUGCCAAAAACUCAUUACUUCCCUCAAGCACCCCGGAUGACCUUAUACAAUCACUACUCGCACAAACCAGGCAGCCAAUUUUUUCUCAUAGUCUUUAA